UCUGUGUGAGCAGCUCUACCAGGCUCAGCAUCAGUUUCGCUUCCUCUUAUUUCUGCACCUUAACCGAUAGGCACGGAUUGCAUAUUUGUACCGGGAAAUUUUGUUCUCAUUUUACGAGCGUCACCAGAGCAUCAUUGCAGGACGUGUUCGUUGUUUUGAUCUAGACUGGUGUGUGAUCUAUAUUUUGCAAAUCAUCGACAUCGUUGUAUUGCAGCCUGAAUAGCUUCUAGUAUAAAAUGUUGGAUCCAUCGUCCAGCGAAGAGGAAGGGGAUGAGAUUGUGGAAGAGGAGAGCAGAGAAGCGAUGGCACCACAGGCCGGGGCUAGGCUGUCUCCGAGUCGCACCAGCGACAGCUCCGGUGGGCUACAGCCCAGUAGCCGGAGCAGUAGUGCCCGUCCGUCCAGCCCAAGUCCGUCGGUAGUUAGUGAGAAGGAGAAGGAAGAGGUGGAAAAAAUGCAGCGGGAGGAAGAGGAACGAAAGAAGAAGCUGCAGCUCUAUGUAUUCGUCAUGAGAUGCAUUGCCUAUCCAUUCAAUGCGAAGCAGCCGACUGAUAUGGCGAGACGACAGCAGAAGAUAAGCAGGCAGCAGCUGCAGACGGUGAAGGACCGCUUUCAGGCCUUCCUGAACGGAGACACCCAGAUCGUGGCGGACGAGGCCUUCAUCAACGCUGUGCAGAGCUACUACGAGGUGUUCCUGAAGAGCGACCGUGUGUCCCGGAUGGUCCAGAGCGGGGGCUGUUCGGCCAACGACUCGCGAGAGGUCUUCAAGAAGCACAUCGAGAAGCGUGUCCGCAGCCUGCCGGAGAUCGACGGCCUGAGCAAGGAGACGGUCCUCAGCUCCUGGAUGGCCAAGUUCGACACCAUCUACCGGGGCGAGGAGGACCCGCGCAAGCACCAGCAGCGUCUGACCGCCAGUGCGGCCUCCGAGCUCAUCCUCAGCAAGGACCAGCUGUACGAGAUGUUCCAGCAGAUCCUGGGCAUCAAGAAGUUUGAGCACCAGCUUCUCUACAACGCCUGUCAGCUGGAUAACCCAGAUGAACAGGCUGCCCAGAUCAGAAGAGAGCUGGACGGACGACUUCAGAUGGCUGACCAGAUUGCUAGAGGGGGCAAGUUUCCCAAAUUUGUGUCCAAAGAAAUGGAAGCCAUGUACAUCGAGGAGCUCAAGUCCUCGGUCAACCUGCUGAUGGCCAACUUGGAGAGCAUGCCUGUGUCCAAGGGUGGAGACUUCAAACUGCAGAAGCUGAAGCGGGGUCACAACACCUCCAUCAUCGACAUGGGCCAGGAGGACGAGAACCAGCUCUCCAAGUCUGAUGUAGUGCUCUCCUUCACUCUGGAAGUUGUGAUUAUGGAAGUGCAAGGAUUGAAGUCUCUGGCUCCCAACCGCAUAGUGUACUGUACAAUGGAGGUGGAGGGGGGACAGAAACUGCAGACUGACCAGGCAGAGGCUUCCAAACCCACUUGGGGAACUCAGGGGGACUUCACCACCACUCACCCCCUUCCUGCCGUCAAAGUGAAGCUGUUCACUGAAAGCACAGGCGUGCUGGCUCUGGAGGACAAGGAGCUGGGCAGGGUUGUCCUGCACCCAACCCCCAACAGCCCGAAGCAAUCUGAAAUGCACAAGAUGCAGGUGUCCAAAGCCUGCCCAGACCACGACCUGAAGAUCAAGCUGGCCAUCCGAAUGGACAAGCCACAAAACAUGAAGCACUGUGGGUAUCUGUGGGCAAUCGGAAAGAACGUAUGGAAGAGGUGGAAGAAGAGGUUCUUUGUCUUGGUGCAGGUCAGUCAGUACACGUUUGCCAUGUGCAGUUACAGGGAGAAGAAGGCCGAGCCACAGGAGCUGCUACAGCUGGACGGCUACACUGUGGACUACACCGACCCCCAGCCAGGUCUGGAUGGAGGCAGGGCCUUCUUCAAUGCUGUGAAGGAGGGCGACACUGUGAUCUUCGCCAGUGAUGACGAGCAGGACCGCAUCCUGUGGGUGCAGGCCAUGUACCGGGCCACCGGCCAAUCCCACAAGCCUGUGCCGCCCACCCAGGUCCAGAAACUCAACGCCAAGGGAGGGACCGCCCCCCAGCUGGACGCACCCAUCUCCCAGUUCUAUGCAGACCGGGCGCAGAAGCACGGGAUGGACGAGUUCAUCUCGGCGAACCCCUGCAGCUUCAACCACUCCUCGCUCUUUGAGAUGGUGCAGCGUCUCACCCUGGACCACAGGCUCAAUGACUCGUACUCGUGUCUGGGCUGGUUCAGUCCCGGGCAGGUGUUCGUCCUGGACGAGUACUGCGCCCGGAACGGGGUGAGGGGCUGUCACAGACACCUGUGCUACCUCAGCGACCUGCUGGAGAGGGCGGAGAACGGAGCCAUGAUCGACCCAACCCUGCUCCACUACAGCUUCGCCUUCUGUGCGUCUCACGUCCACGGAAACAGUCAGAAACUGCCAGAGUUACUGGGGGGGCCUCAGGCUGAGUCUGAGGGGAGCAGAACCCCCAGCCCCUCAGUCCCCGAGCCACAACCCCUCUCCAAAAAGGAACUCAAAAAGGAGUCCAAAAAAAAAAAGGAUUCCAAAUCGCAGCCCUCCUCCGAGUCCAAAAGACCUGACGGAAUAGGCACAGUGACUGUGGAGGAGAAAGAACGCUUUGAAGACAUCAAAGAGCGAUUGCGUGUGCUUCUGGAAAAUCAGAUCACACACUUCAGAUACUGUUUUCCAUUUGGUCGCCCAGAAGGAGCAUUAAAAGCCACAUUGUCUUUACUAGAAAGGGUGCUAAUGAAAGAUAUAGUAACCCCUGUUCCCCAAGAGGAAGUCAAAGCUGUCAUCCGCAAAUGUCUGGAGCAAGCAGCACUGGUCAACUACCAGCGUCUCUCCGAGUAUGCCAAAGUGGAAGGGAAAAAGAGAGAAAUGUAUGAACAUCCUGUCUUCUGCUUGGCGUCUCAAGUGAUGGAUUUAACCAUUCAGAACGUAGGCCGCUUAAUCACGCCCGCCAAAAAGCUGGAGGAUACCAUCCGUCUGGCCGAGCUGGUCAUCGAGGUACUUCAGCAGAACGAGGAGCACCACGCAGAGGCCUUUGCCUGGUGGUCAGACCUGAUGGUGGAGCACGCGGAGACCUUCCUGUCACUCUACGCUGUGGACAUGGACGCCGCCCUGGAGGUCCAGCCUCCAGACAGCUGGGACAGCUUCCCUCUGUUCCAGCUGCUCAAUGACUUCCUCCGGACAGACUAUAACCUGUGUAAUGGGAAAUUCCACAAACACCUGCAGGACCUGUAUGCUCCACUGGUGGUUAGAUAUGUGGACCUGAUGGAGUCAUCCAUCGCCCAGUCAAUACAUAGGGGCUUUGAGCGGGAGUCGUGGGAACCUGUGAAGAGUUUAACAAGUAAUCUGCCAAAUGUGAAUCUUCCAAAUGUCAACCUACAAAUUCCAAAAGUACCAAAUCUACCUGUGCCAGUUAACCUCCCACAAAUGCCUAGCUUUUCCACUCCGUCAUGGAUGGCAGCUAUCUGUGACUCUGAUAAUGGCUCUGGGACCUCAGAAGACCUCUUCUGGAAGCUGGACGCCCUGCAGACCUUCAUCAGGGACCUGCACUGGCCUGAGGAGGAGUUCGCCAAGCACCUGGAGAGCCGACUGAAGCUCAUGUCCAGCGACAUGAUCGAGUCCUGCGUCAAACGAACCAGGGUUGCUUUCGAGUCGAAGCUUCAGAAAAGCAGUCGGACAACAGAUUUCCGCGUCCCGCAGUCAAUAUGCACCAUGUUCAAUGUGAUGGUGGACGCCAAGGCCCAGACUGCCAAGCUGUGUGCCAUGGAGCUUGGCCAAGAGAGACAGUACCAUUCCCAGAUUGAUAGUCUCAUUGAAGAAACCGUCAAAGAGAUGAUCACACUUCUGGUGGCAAAGUUUGUGGUCAUUCUAGAGAGCGUCCUGGCCAAGCUGUCCCGCUACGACGAGGGAACCCUCUUCUCCUCCUUCCUCUCUUUCACAGUGAAAGCAGCCUCAAAGUAUGUGGAUGUUCCUAAGCCGGGGAUGGACGUGGCGGAUGGAUACGUCACCUUUGUGCGCCACUCUCAGGACAUGCUGCGGGAUAAGGUCAAUGAGGAGAUGUAUAUAGAAAGGUUAUUUGAUCAAUGGUACACCAGCACCAUGAAUCUCCUCGGUACCUGGCUCACUGACCGCAUGGACCUGCAGCUCCAUGUCUACCAGCUGAAAAUUCUGAUCAGGAUUGUAAAGAAAAAGUACCGGGAUUUCCGCCUGCAAGGAGUGUUGGACUCCACUCUGAACAGUAAGAUGUACGACACGGUGCGAAACCGGCUGACCCUGGAGGAGGCCACGGCCUCGGUCAGAGAAGGCGGCAUGCAGGGGAUAUCCAUGAAGGACAGUGAUGAGGAGGAUGAGGAUGAUGACUAGUGCAUCGCUGCUGGUGCCCCAUCUUUGACUUAGCCUCGUAACCAAUGCAUGUAUACCAACUCUGUUGUUCAGUUAGCCACUCUAGAAUUUUUUAUUUCUUUUUUUGGUCAGGUCUGAAUUCCCAUGAAGGAACGAUAAACAAUAAAAUAGUAGUAAAAAUAUAAUAAUAACAAUAAUAAUAACAACAAUAAAUAAUAAUAAAAACAAUAAAUAAUAAUACAAACAAUAAAUAAUAAUAAUAAUAAUAAUAAUAAUGGCAAAAAAGGAUCAACAUUUUAGGUGUUAUAAUAAGGUUAGCACCGAUCUUUGAAUAAGUGAUUUCGAAAUUUGUUUCUAUAUGUUCCUAAGCAAUAUGGAGUACCAUUUGUUUGACAAUGUUGAGUGAGAUAAUUAGGAAUACUGCUCGGUGUGUCCCUGUUCAAUGCAGACCUGUAUGGCGCUUCUUUAAUGUACUGUACAUAUGUUGAUGGUACAUCGUUGUGAAGAUAAGUGUAAAAACCUUUUGUUUGUAUCAUGUUUUUAAGUGGAUGCCUACUGCUGAAAAUACAAAACACCCACUGUACUUAAGUUUAUGAAAUGGUAAAAUUACUGUGUUCAUCACCUGCACACUUUGAACGUUCUUGUACUUUCACAGUGUCUGUCAUUAUUCAAGUCAACAUUUCCUGGGAUAUCUGUUCUCAAACACGUUGUCAAGACAAUUUUUUAUUGAAAUGAGUUGGUAUUUUUAGAAAUGCAAUAUACCCAUGGCUCCAUUGUGAUAUCUUGUUGGACAUCAUUAGUGACAUUUUUUAUGGUUUAGGACUUUUUUCAAUUUCUAAAUUAUUACAUUUUUUAGUUAAGUAGCACUUUUGCAUAACCUAUACAAAGCUAAACAAAAAAUAUAUGUUCCUGUAUCUUAUUUAUGUCUUAUUUUAGCCAUUCCUGGAAAUUAUUGUGUGUUUGAUUUUUUUAUUAUUAUUAUUAUUUUGUAUAUGGGUAGUAAGCAAUGUCUGGCACUCCAGUCUGUCCCACUGUUGUUUUGUACAUACAAUGCUGUACAUUGCCUUCUCAGAAGUAUCUGCAUGUCACAGAUGCCCCACCCUCUCCAAAAGCUUUCCUUUCUGUUAAAGUAGCUGGUGGAUUCAUCUUGCUUCUGCCUUAUGAAAGCCUACAGUUGUAAUAUGCAAGAACUGUGGCCUCUGAAUAAAAAUAACUGUACAAAUAUGAA